GGACAUUCGAUCAUUUGUCAUUCGGUGAGCAAAUGAGUCAAUGAUGAUUAUGUGGUUUUCGCACAGUUAUUUAAGUUAUAUUUUUUGAAGUUUAUUCGACUAACAUGACAACAUCAGGCUUCUUGUGCGUGUUCGUAACUUUUAUCGCUCUUUCCCAGUGUUCUACUCACACUAAUAAUGAUUUUAUAUCAGUCAAGAAUGAUUCAAUGCUGCAUUCAAAUACAAAUGAUAUCAAAGUAUCUUCAAAAGUUAAUAUUACAGAAUUUUUCGAUCCGGAAAAAAAAAUAUUUGCACAUAAAAAUGAAAUGGCUGGAGAAUGUAUUCUUACAUAUACAGAUGAUAAUCUCAAUAUUUUAAAAUUCAAACAUAAAUAUGAUUUAAACAUGGAGUUUUCUGGUGAUGAAGUGGUUGAAAUAAUUGGCGAAAAUAUAAGAAACUUUUGCAAUUCGAAAAUCAUCAUUCUUAACAACUUCGUUAGUAAUAAAAAAAUUAGAUCAAAACGAUCGACUAGUAAAAAACGAUACCAAGGUCAAACACAAACCCAAUUCGUUAGUUUUGGAUCAAAAAAUUCUAGUCAAGGAACAAAAACCGGACUAGCAGAAGCAUUAUCACAACCUGAUUUAUCAAGGGCUACAGUCAGUGGUUUAAACGGAAUGGGACAGGCUCAAAGUCAGUCAAGUUUUGGUGACUGCGAUGAUUGUUCUGGACAAGAUAAUCCAACACAUUCAAUGCAUGAAGAAAUUACAAAUUCUAGGAAUAUUCCAUUAUUCCAACCUCAAGGUCCUAAUUCUCAAAAUCAAAAUGGACAGUAUCCAAGCGCAUACCCUCGAUUUGAUUCAAAUAAUAGAAAACCUGGUAAUGAAAACCAAGGUUCUGGUAUAAAAUUUUCUAACGGUAGGCAAUAUCCAAGUACAUAUCCAGGAUCUGGGUCGACUAAUAGAGUCCAGAGACCAGAAAAUCAAGACCAAGGCUUUGGUAUUGGAUCUUCUUCCGCUGGACUAUAUCCAAUUACUAAUCCGGGAUAUGGAUCAACCAAUAGAAUAAUAGGAAAACAAGACCAAAGGUUUGAUACCGGACCUUCUGCCACUGGACAAAAUCCUAAUUCAUUUCCAAUAUCUGGAUUGAACAAUAAAGAACAAGAGAAUCAAGAUCAAGUUUUUGGUAUUAAACCUUUAACCACUAGUCAAUAUCCUAUUACACAUUCAGAAUCUGAAUCGAACAAUAGAGGAAAUCAAGACCAAGGCUUAGGUGUUGGACCGUCUGCUGCUGAAAAAUAUCCAAGUUCAUUUCCAGCAUCUGGAUCGACCAAAAGAGUACCAGGAAAACAAGAUCAAGGUUUUGGUAACAGACCUUCUAUCACUGAACAAUAUCCUAAUUCAUUUCAAGGAUCUGGAUUGAAUAAUAGAGAACAAGGGAAACAAGACCAAGGUUUUGGUGUUGUACCUUCUUCAGUCGCUGAACAAUAUCCUAAUCUAUAUCCAGGAUCUGGAUCGAAUAACAGAGAAUCAGGAAAUCAAGACCAAGGCGGAGGUGUUAGAUCGUCUGCUGCUGCACAAUAUCCAAGUUCAUAUCCAAAAUCUGGAUCAAACAAUGGAGAACCAGGAAAUCAAGACCAAGGUUUUGCGGUUGAUUCCUCUACCGUUGGACAAUAUCCUAAUUCACUUCCAGGAUCUGAAUCAAAAAAUAGAGAACCAGGAAAUCAAGACUUUGGUAUGGGAUCCUCUACCGAUGGACAAUAUCCAGGUACUCAUACAGGAUCUGAAUCAAACAAUAGAGUAAUAGGAAAACAAGAUCAAGGUUUUGGUAUUGGACUCUCUACUGCUGGACAAUAUCCAGGAUUUGGAUCUACUAAUAGAGUACGUGGAAAAGACAAUCAAGGUUUUGGUAACGGACCUCUUAUUACUGGACAAUAUCCUAAUUCAUUUCCAGGAUCUGGAUCGACCAAUAUAAUUCCCAGAAAACAAGAUCAAGGUUUUGGUAUUGUACCUUCUGCUACUGGACAAUAUUUUAAUUCAUUUCCCGGUUUAGGAAUACAGGGAAGUCCAGAUUUCACUCAUAAAAAUCUACCUUCAUUAUGUAACUUCUUAUAUCAGACAUGCUUAAAUGUUAAUAAAAAUCCUAAUGUAAUACCUACAUCUAGUUCACAAAGUAUAGAUACUACACAAAAUAAUGAUUGGAAUCAAGAUAAUGGAAAACCAAUUAAUAAUCUAUCACCAUCUUAUCCUUUAUUUGAAGGAAAAAUGUUUCCAAACCAAGUACCCAAGUAUGGUCAGUCUGAAGAUCUAUUUGGAUCAGGUAUUAAACAACAUGGAUACACACCAUUUGGUGGACACUUAAAUCCAACACAAAGUCAACCUGGUUAUGGACAACCGCAAGUUUCAUUAGGACCCGUGAGAUCUAAUAUUCAUCGGACGGGAACUAUUCAAUCUGGAGAAAAUGUAAAUCCUAAUCAGUAUCAGCCUGGCUACGGACAGCAAAAAGGCUCAUUGGGAUCUGAUGUUUCACAACCUGGAUAUGUUCAAUCUGGUGGAAAUAUAAAUUUAAAUCAAUUUCAGUCCGGUUAUGGACAGCCACAAGGUUCAUUAGGAUCCGGUGAGUCUGGUUUUCAGCAACCUAGUGAAAAUGUAAAUCCAAAUCAAUUUCAAUCAAAUCAUGGACUGCCACAGAGUUAUAUAGGAUCUGCUGGAUCUGGUGUUCAACAAACGGGAUCGAUUCUAUCUAGUAGCAAUGAAGACCCUAAUCAAUUUCAAUCCAACUAUAGGCAGCCACAAGAUUCAUUAGGAUUCGAUGGGUCUGGUUUUCAACAACCUGACAGAAAUGUAAAUCAAAAUCAAUAUCAGUCCGGUUAUGGACAGCCACAAGGUUCAUUAGGAUCUGUUGGAUCUAACAUUCAACAAACUGGUGGAAAUGUACAACCAAAUCAAAUUCAACCCGGUUAUAGACAGCCACACGAUUCAUUGGUGGGAUCUAGUGUUUCACAACCGGAAUCUGUUCAAUCUGGUGGUAAUAUAAAUUCAAAUCAAUUUCAACCAGGUUAUAGACAGCUACAAGGUUCAUUGGGAUCUACUGGGUCUAAUAUUCAACAACCGGGAUUCAUUCAAUCUAGUGGCAAUGUAAGCCCUAAUAGAUUUCAGCCCAGCUAUGGGCAGCCACAAGGUUCAUUAGGAUAUGAUGGGUCUGGUUUUCAACAAACUGACAGAAAUGUAAAUCAAAAUCAUUUUCAGUCCGGUUAUGGACAGCCACAAGGCUCGUUGGGAUCUAGUGGGUCUGGCAUUCAACAAGCUGGUGGAAAUGUAAAUCCAAAUCAAUUUCAACCCGGUUAUAGACAGCCACAAGGUUCAUUGGGAUCUAGUGUUUCACAACCGGCAUCUGUUCAAUCUGUUGGUAAUACAAAUUCAAAUCAAUUUCAACCAGGUUAUAGACAGCCACAAAGUUCAUUGGGAUCUACUGGGUCUAAUAUUCAACAACCGGGAUUCAUUCAAUCUAGUGGAAAUGUAAACCCUAAUAGAUUUCAGCCCAGCUAUGGGCAGCCACAAGGUUCAUUAGGAUAUGAUGAAUCUGGUUUUCGACAACCUGACAGAAAUGUAAAUCAAAAUCAAUAUCAGUCUGGUUAUGGACAGCCACAAGGCUCAUUGGGAUCUAGUGGGUUUGGCAUUCAACAACCUAUUGGAAAUACAAAUCCAAAUAAAUUUCAACCGGAUCGUGGACAACCACAAGGUUCAUUAGGAUAUGAUGGAUCUAGUUUUCAACAACCUGACAGUAAUGUAAAUCAAAAUCAUUAUCAGUCUGGUUAUGGGCAGCCACAAGCUUCAUUUGGAUCUGGCGGGUCUAGUAAUCAACAACCAGGAACUGUCCAACCUGAAGGAAAUAAAAAUUCAAAUCAACUUCAACCCAUACACAAGCAGCCACAAGCUUCAUUAGGAUCUGGUGUUCAACAACCUGGAUCUAUUCAAUCUGGUGGAAUCGUAAAUCCUAAUCAAAUUUUACCUGGACCGUCUCAAAGUUCAUUUGGCAUUCAUCAACCUGAGUUUACUCUAUCUCCAGAUGGAAAAGGGGUACUUGGAAACCCACAAAUGAAUAAUGGUAAUAAUUAUUUAUCAAGAAAUCCAAUUAUUGGUGGUCAAUUUGGGACAGAUAUAUCUUCAGGAAGUUCGGUAACACCUAUUGAUACUGAAGGAGGAGAUGCACAAUCAAUGACAAAUGUAAAUGUUGAUGGCAAUGAAACUAGUGCAUCAGCCUCUGCUCAAGGAAAAUCAAAAACUGGAAUGACACAAACCCAAGUAUCUGGAACAUAUUCAGGAACAGGCCAAUUUUCAGCUCAAGCACAAACAAGUGAUAAUGACAAAGGAGCUCAAAGUCAAAUUUUAAGUAACACAAACGGCACAACAAGUACAGCUCAAGGAAAGGGUGGCAAAGGAAAAGCGCAAUCCCAAGUUUUCUAUAACUCUGAAGAUGGAAUUGCUUUAGGUGAAUCACAAAGUUCAGGUGUUAAUUACGGAACAAAUACUCAAUUACAGGCCGGUAUUAGAGGAGGAAUAGCUGAUGCUCAAUCAACAGGAACAGGAAGUACUUCCAGUCAGGCUCAAAUAGGUUUCUUACCAUACGAUUCCAAUAAUGACUCAAAUCAAAAGUCAAUAUACAAAGGCGGUGGAACAGCUUCUUCGCAAAGUGGAUCAUACAGUGGUCAAUCUCAAAGUCAACUAUUCGGUUCAUACAAGCAUGGUAUUUCUUACAAUGGUGCAGCUCAAGCAAGUUCUGGUAGUAAACUUCGUAACUUACCAAAAUUAAAUUUAGCCGACGCCCAGCUUAAGAUAGGACAACUCAAGGUAUUUAGUGAUGAAACACAUAAUCAAAAUAAUGCGAAUCAAUCUCUUAAGUUAGUUUCAAAGCCAUCAGAAUAUCAAACUCGUGAAGAAAAUACCACUAUCUACAAUAAGAAAUUAAAUAUUAAUCAAACAAAUAUUUCUUCGACGACGACUUCGACAAUUAUACCAGAAGAAGUAAAUCAAAAUAUUGACGAAGAUCAAGAGUAUGAUAAUAAUGAAGAAUAUGAUGACGAAAAUGAUACAAUUAUAAAUACUAAAGCUGCACAAUCUGAAGAAAAAUCAAACCCUAAACAAGAACAAAAUAUUAUUUUAAAUCUGGAUGACAAACAUGAUGCUCAAAUUACUCGUGAUUCUGAUAGCCAGUUAAAAGCUGGACAAGUUUUGGAUGCAGGUCAAAUCAUACCUGGUACUAAUGGAGCUAAAAUACCAGAUGGAUUUAGAGGAAGAGUCGCUUCAGUAGCUGGAGACCAAACCAAAGCUAAAGCUAUCCCUGGUGGUCAAGCACAAUCUCAAACUGUAUUACUUACGCCAGGAGCAGGUGGUUUAACUGUGGUAGAUAAAACUAAAUUGAAGGCACUAUUAGGUAAAGAAUCUUAUAUUAGACCAACAGGUAGGUCGUUCAAUACUUUUCAAACAAAUAUGGAUGGUGAAACAGGCAAAUUUGAUCCUGAUAAUAAAAAUGUCCAAUAUUUUACUAAAUCAUCAACUUGUGGUUACUUUUCUUUUUCUUGCAAUUAUGUAAAUGGAGCAAAAAGUGGCCCUAAAAUAUGUAAACCUAACCCAUCUCCUACCCCAUGCCAGAGAAAUAACUAAUAAUUAUGAUGAAUAUAUUAAAAUAACUGUUUUCAUUUAUUUUAUUUCAUAUUUUAAUACAAUAUUUUUAAUAAGUUAACAUAAAAAAAUUGUAUACUAAUUUAAACCUAACUUUGUACUAUGAAAUAUGUUUCUAUUAAUAAAACAUGUAAUAUUUUAUAAGCUAA